AUGAAGCAAUUCGCAGCCCUCGCAGCUCUUCUGCCCCUUGUUGCCGCCCACGGCUUCAUCAAGUCACCUACUCCCCGUAAGCCAGGUAAUGCCUUCAAGGCCGCCUGCGGUGAGCAGCCAUACUACCAGCAGUCCUCCGAUAUCAACGGAAACGUUCAGGGUAUCCUCCAGGUUGUUGGCUCGAGCCUGGACUCGGCAAACUGCAACCUCUGGCUCUGCAAGGGUUUCCAGUUCGAAGACAACUCGGCCUCGGUCCAGUCGUACGCUCUCGGCCAGACCAUCCCCUUCGAGAUCACCAUUGCUGCCCCUCACACUGGCAUUGCCAACGUGUCCGUCGUCAAGACCAGCAGCAACACGAUCAUCGGACAGCCUCUCAUUGAGUUUGACAACUAUGCCAGCAACUCCGGCAUCCCCGCCAACAACACUGCCUUCAGCGUGACCCUCCCCUCGGACCUCAGCGGCGAAUGUACCACCGCCGGCGACUGCGUCCUGCAAUGGUACUGGGAUGCCCACAACAUCGACCAGACCUACGAGGCCUGUGUUGACUUCACCGUCGGCGGCGGCAGCGGCUCCAGCCCCUCGCCCUCGUCCGCCGUUGCCAGCUCUGCCGCCCCUACCCGGACCAUUGCCACCUCCAGCGCCGCCCAGACUCCCGUUGCCACCACCUCGGCUGCCCUGAGCCAGGCUCCCACUUCUGCCGCCGCGACUCCUGUGCCUGCCAGCUCGACCACCCCUGGCAGCUCUCAGCCCACCACCACCCCCGGUGAUGACGACGAGUGCGAGGACGACGGAGCCGACGAUGACACCGGCAACCAGGACGACGAUGAGUGCGAGGACGAGGGUGACGACACCAACACCGGCGAUGAUGACGAGUGCGAGGACGAGGGCGACGACACCGGAUCUUCCCCCGUCACCUCCAGCGCCGCCGCUGCCGCUUCCUCCGCCCCUGCUGCCACCGCCGUCGCCUCCAGCUCCAAGCAGAGCGUUGUCGCCCAGCCCACCUCAUCCACCGUCUUCGUGACCGUCACGGCCCAGCCCACUACGGUCACCGUGACCGCCAAGCCCACCACUGUGACGGUGACUGCCCAGCCUACCGGACAGUGCUCUUAA